UGCGAAAUGUGGCGGAGCGGCGGUUGUGUUUGGGCCUUUCUACUGGCCAGCCUGUGGCUGGUGGCCACCGUCUCCUCGGAGACCCUCAUCGAGGUGGACGAGAACGGCGACGAGUACGAGCUGAAGCGGUUCUAUAUCCAAGGACGUCAGUUGAGUGGCGAUGGCAGCCAGUCGCAGUGCGUCGUGACGCGCCGGAAGAGGAACUCCCGCGCCCUCACCACCUUCGCCGCUGCUUCGAAUCACCGGAAUGUCUCGGUCACCUCCCAGCCCCUCAAGGUGGAGGAGGCCAUGCCCGCCAUGGAGCACCGCGAGGGCGGCCAGGAUGUCGAAGUGAAGCACCGUUAUGUGGCCCUGACUGGCGUUCAUUUUGAGCCCAAUACCCAGGACGACGACGAGGAUGAGGAUGAGGACUUUGAGGAUGAGGAGGAAACUAUGCCGGUGAAUUCCGGCAAGGGAGAGUCGAACUUCGUGCCGGCCGCCCUGGCCCUGCCCCUGGCCUCCGCCUCGGGAGUCGCCCCUGCCGCUGGUCAGACUACCCAGAGCCACCUCGCCCAGGGAGUCAGUGUGGUGGCCAAUUCCGCCUCGCACGCCAACGUGGCCGGAGACGCCGGCAUCGUGGUGGUCCAGUCGCAUCAGCCCCCCAAGGUCAAUCCCGACACCCAUGCCGUCUUCGAGCUGAAGCCCGUCCAGGCCGACACUCCCGGCUAUCCGUUCGUCCAUCCCUGGGACUAUGAGCCAGAGGACGAGGACGAGGAUGACUACGACGAGGAGGACUACGAUGACUUCUACUACGGCAAUGGCUACUACCGGGAUCGUCCCGGCUACUAUCCGUUGGGCGAGUACGACGAGCACAUAAUCGAGGAGAUCGACCCGGUCAGCACGGUGGCGUACUGGUCCACCGGCGACGACGACAGCGACAUCCAUCCCGUUAUCAACCAGGCCAACAAGCGACCCAACCAGUCCCAGAAGAACAAGAAGAAGAACAAGAAGAACAAGAACCAGAACCAGAAGAAUCGCAAUCAGGCGCAGAAGAAGCGCAGGCAGCAGCAGCAGCAGGCGGCGGAGAAUCAGCAGAAGCAGAAGAAGAAGCCAGAGAAGAAUCAGCAGGAUAAGAAGAAGGACCCCAAGGACCAAAAGGACAAGGAGGAGGAGGAGGUCAAGCCGGUGGAUGUGAUCAAGAAGCCCGAGUCUUCCAGCCUGACUGAGUCUUCGGCCUCCUCGGCCUCCAGCUCCUCUACCUCCAGCCAGUCUUCUGUCAGCAAUUCUUCUGAUAAGAAGAAGCCCAAGCAGAAGAAGAAGAAGAAGAAGCCAUCCAGCAGCAGCAGCAGCAGCAGCAUCAGCAGCAGCACCUCAGUGCGUAGAAAGAAGAAGAAGCCGAGCAGCAGCAGCAGCAGCAGCAGCAGCCUCAGUAGCAGCAGCAACAAGCGUCGCCGUCCAAGCAGCAGCAGCAGCGGCAGCAGCAGCAACAUUGGCGGCUACCGUCGCCGUCGUCCGCAGCAGCAGCAACAGCAACAGCAGCAGCAGAGGUUGCAAGACCAGCGCCGUCGACGUCGCCGUCAACAGCAGCAGAAGCGUCGCCGCCAGCAGCAGCAGCAGCAGAAGCGCCGCCGCCAGCAGCAGCAACGCCGCCGCCGAUUGGGCAACAAGAACCGGCAAUUCUACGGCGACGAGCCCAUCAUCAACUGCAUCUACAUCAACAAGGACCCGCCGACGACCACCACCACCACGGCGCGCCCCUUCUGGAACAUCCUGGGCCGCCAGUCGCAGGACUCUGCUGCGCCAGCUGCCCCCAAGGAUAGCGGUGAUGCCGUCGUGGCUUCCGAUUCCGAUUCGAACUCCAGCGAUGUGGAUCCUGCCGCCCAGCAGGCUGUCCUCCAGGCAGUUCGUCGCAAUUUCGGAGAAUUCGGAGGCCGUAAGCGUGUCAACCUGCGCUUCACGUCCUAGAGUCCUUUAAGGACUCUCCCUUCCACUCCUCUCCACCCCUACAAUUUUUUUUGCCUAUUUAUUUAUUUAUUGAAAUACCAG